AUGGUUCAUUCUCUUCCCCCUCCCCCCUCCUCACCUUCGACUGCCCUUGAGCUGGAGCUCCGGCCUGUGACCUCUGGUUGCGCUGAUCUUUCACAGUUCUCUUUCAUACACUUACUCGACUGGUGUACGACGACAAUCGGGUUCUUCCUCCUCGACUGGAAGAUCUCGACGCCAGAAGCAACGGGUGGUUGGGAGGUGCUUCAUCUUCGACUGGAACGACAACCGCCGGGGCUCCUCCUACUCGACUGGAAGCGACAGGACCCGUGGACUCCUUCCUACAGCGUCUGGAAGAAGGGCUUCAAUCCAUGGACAAGAGCCAUUGGAUAG